CACAGUGUCACUGCUGGCAGCAAGGGAGCACGUGUACGAGGAGUGGGUUAAACCAUAUGCACAUUUUGAGCUUUCUGAUUAGUUGCUGAAUAAAGGGGGAGUGAUUUAUGAAGUUUUUUACUGCUGGUUGAAGUGAUGCAGCGACAUUUUCCUGCAGGGGACAGAGAGCUCAGCAGAUUGAGACCAUGGACGUGUGCACCAAGCCUUUGUGCUACGAGCUGCUGGCAGAGGUGGGAGAGGGUACUUAUGGUACAGUGUAUAAGGCCAGAGAGGUGGGAGGGACACAGCGCCUCCUGGCGGUGAAGAAGUUCAACUUCCAUGGAGACACAACAGAGAGCGGGAUCCCUGCCUUCAUGAUCCGAGAGGUGGCGCUGCUGCGCAAAAUGAAUAAGUUCGACCAUCCCAACAUUAUCAAGCUGCUGGAAGCAUCGGCUGUACCCGACGGCAGGAACCUGGACCUCACUCUGGUGCUGGAAUACAUCGACCAGGACCUGUCCACCUACCUGUCCAAGGUUCCUGCUUCUGGACUGAGCCGUGACUGCAUCAAGGAUGUGAUGCAGCAACUACUGCAAGGUUUGGACUACCUGCACACAAACAUGAUCCUGCACCGAGACCUGAAACCGGACAACAUCCUGGUCAGCAGCCGGGGAGAAGUCAAGAUUGCAGACUUUGGCCUGGCUCGCAUUUACGCCUUUAAUAUCGCUCUGACUCCAGGUGUGGUGACGCUGUGGUACAGAGCUCCAGAGGUGCUGCUCAACUCUGUUUAUAUGUCCUCAGUGGACAUGUGGAGCGCUGGCUGCAUCUUUGCAGAGCUCUUCCUCUUGAGGCCGCUGUUAAAGGGCUACACAGAGGUGCAACAGCUGCAGAAGAUCUUUGAGAUGAUCGGUCUGCCCAGCGAGGAGGACUGGCCCGAGGACAGCCCCAUCCCAUACUCCAUUAGCUGGGCACCAAAAGUCUCCAGGACCAUGCUGCUGCACAACCUGGGACCAGACGAGAACAACCUGCUAUCUCAAUGUUUGGUAUUCAGACCAAGCAGUCGCAUCUCAGCCGCCAAAGCCCUGGCUCAUCCUUUCUUCAUGAAGCACUGAGGAGUUAACUCGAAUGCUGAGGAGGAAGUAGAAAAGCUUCACCCACUUCUUCCUCCUCAGUCCCUGAUGUUCCUGAGCUUACCAUUCCAGGAGCUAGGAAAUCCAUCGAAGUCCAGGAGAGCAGCUUUUAACAUCAGCUCACCAGCGUCAGGGGAAAACUGUGGUCAGGUUUGAGGGAACAACUUUUUUAACAUAAACCUGCACAAACGGCACUGGUGACAUGUUAUCUCAAACACAAACAUAAAACAGUGUAAUACGGUUCAAUCAAUUACACUUAAUUAACUAAACAUGAGAAAUUUGGUUUUUUUGCCAACUUUAUAACCAGUAUUUUAUCAUUUUUUUAUUUUUGGUUUAAGAUGUGAAAAUGUUUACAAAUCAUAAUGCUGCUUUGUUCUUGCUGCAUGUUCCUCUUGCUGCAUGUUACUCUUUUUUUUAAGUAAGGGAUAUUUUUGCUCUAAACUACUGACAGCACUAUGAAGAGCACUUUUGAGUUGAUGAGUUUGUUUAUGUUGUUUUGAAAAGAUUUUCUGUUCUUGUCCGGUAACCUGUGGAGGAUAUGAUUAAUUUUUUUGUUUUUUUUUGUGAAGACAUUUAUGGUGUAAUCAUUUGUAUAGAUUACAUCUGUAUUUAUGUUUGUAUUUACAGAGUAUACAAAAUAUUUUUCUAAACAGGUUGAACUGUGAUGAAUCUGUUCCAUAAAUAAUAAGUCUGUCAAACAUG